CGCGUGUCAGAUAAGUACACUCCAUUUCCCGGUUUUGAUGGGGAAGACUACCAGCCAGACAUUCAUACAUACACAGCGACCCACCAACAUACCCCAGGAUACCCCUACCCCUACCAACGUGCACUCGUGCCGCUACACUCGCUUACACCACUCGAUCCACAUCAAGCUGCAAAGCUCAAACCGUCUUGAUUGAUCUACAUUCUACAAACACAGCCAUACCAUGCUGCUGAGCACAGAUAUGUCUUGCUUCAGCACCCUACACGAAUCGAGAGUGGCCCUAGUGGUAGGUGCCAACUCUAGGUUGGGUUUGAAUAUCUGCUACAGGUUUCUACGUGAAAUACCCGAACACACAGACUUGACCCUCAUCGUCACCUCCCGCACAUUGAAGGGGACUCAGCAAGCCAUCGGUGCCAUCGAACGGUACGCUUUAAAGCAUCUCAAGCGAUCGGGAAAGCUCGAGUUUGACUACUUGGUGAUGGACUUCACCCAGAUGAAAUCGGUGGCCUCGGCCAGCCGUGACUUACACAAGAACUACAGAAGGGUCGACUAUAUGUUUGUCAACUCAUGCCAGACAGUAGAUACCGAAAUCAGCUUGUCAUCCCUUGCCUCACAAACACUCUCCAAUCCCACGGAGUCAGUGAAAUACCCAGCAUACAAAACUCAGACUGUAGGUGACAAGUCCCAGGAUGGAUUGGGACUAGUUUUCCAAGGAAAUGUCUUUGGACCCUACUACUUCGUGAAUACAAUUAAGUCGUUAUUGCAGGACGGUGGACGACUUGUAUGGAUUUCCUACGCUAUGUCUGAGCUUGAGUAUGUUUCUUUUGAUGAUCUACAACUUCUACACUCAUCAAUGCCUUUUGAGGGAUCUAAGAGGUUAAUUGAUUUAAUGCAUUUCGGAACAUACGAACCCUUGAGUAAAAUAGGCAUAGUUCAAUACUUGACGCAUCCCGGGGUUUUUGCUAAAUACUCUCUACUUUCCAAAAUGGGAAUUUUGGGCUAUUAUUAUAUUCUUCUAGUAUUCUACUUUGCAAGGGUAUUUGGUUCACCAUAUCACAUAGUCUCGGGAUAUUCUGCUGCAAAUGCGCCAGUACAUUGUGCAUUGAAUGGAGGUAGACCCGAUUCGAAAAUCGGAUCAUCCUGUGCCAGAUUUGGACUGGAAAUGAGGACAGAUGUCGAAGUGUACUCUGUUGGUUCAAGUGAAGUAGUUUCUUACCUUGACCUGCUUUGCAACGAAUGGGAUGCAAAGUUGGAGAAAGAAUUAAAGAAUAAAUGACUGUAUGUAUCGUGUAUUAAAGAAUAAUUAAUGACAUAAUUCGUUAUCA